AUGAACGCCGCACCAAAGCCUGAAGAGGCCAAAGAGUUUAAGGGCAAGCGUUGGGUUGUGUUGUGCGCCGCUGCCGGUGGUUAUGGCAUUAAUUAUGCUUUCCAGGCUAGCGUAUACCACGCCUAUCAUUUAUUGAAAAACCAUGGUAUUCCGGAGGAAAACAUCAUCGUUAUGCACCCUGAUGACUUGGCCUAUAACAAACAAAACCCGACUCAGGGUAUUGUUGUGAACCAGGUCAAAGGUCCCGAUGUCUACCACGAUGUGCCCAAACAUUACGUUAAGGACGAUAUUACACCCAAGACCUUUUUAUCAGUCAUUAGCGGCGAUCCCAAACUGAAAGCUGCGGGAAAGAAAGUGGUAGAAAGUGGCCCUGAUGAUCAUAUAUUUGUCUUUUUAUUCGACCAUGGUGCCACUGAGUUGGUAGCAUUCAGAAAGGGUCAAUUGUUCGCUAAGGACCUGAAAAAUACCCUGGUUCAGAUGCACGAGGACAAGAAAUUCGCCAAGAUGCUGUUUUACCUCGAAGCCUGCGAAUCUGGCUCAAUGUUCGACGGAAUCUUACCUGAUAACAUCAAUGUUUACGCUGCUGCAUCAUCUAGGCCCGAUGAGCCCAGUUACCCAUGCUGCAAUGACCCCAUUAGACACGUUGGUGUUGGUGGUUUGUUCAGCGAUGCCUGGUAUAGAGACAGUGAGACCAAGGACUUGAACACCGAGACUAUUGCCGAACAGUUCACAUUCAUUGCCAAAGAGAUCAAGGGCACUGAGCACUCGGUACACUAUGGUGACGAAUCAAUUGGCAAAAUGACCCUGGCCGAGUUUUUCGGACCCAAAAAGGUGAUCGAUCAGUCGCUGGUCAGCAAUGUCACACGUAAUAAUGAACAAUGCCAAUUGGUUAACCAACGCGAGUUGGCCGUAUGGUUGGCCGAGAAAAACAUCCAGGGUGCUACCAAUGUUAACGACAAAUUAAAAUAUACCCAAGAGUUGGAGCUGAUAUUGAACGGCAGACAAUACGCGGACAAACAGUUGAACGGUUUGUUUGAAACCCUUAAGCCGUUGACCGGUUUGGAGGCCAUCGUUGCCCUCAACACCCGAUCCAAAGUCAAUAACCGCGAGUGUUAUUACAAGUUUGUCCAGACAUUUGAUGAACAGUGCUUUAAUUUAAACAAUAACCCCUACUUUACCGGCAAAUUGCAUGCAUUUGUUAACGUUUGCGAAUCACUGCCACAAACCAGUGCCGCCACCGACAGUGCCAUUGAGCUUAUGGUACAGUACUGUCAACAAAACGCUAACUCAGCUCUUAAUAUCCAGUAAACAUGUUUGAUUUAGUUGAUUUAAACUAGUAC